AGUUAUCCCCUUCCUUUCCUUCCCCGGCCGGCCCUCCUACUCACGGCGGAGCGGAGAACCCAACCAACCGCCGCCGCCGCCAUGCCGCCGUCCCUCCUACUCCCCGCCUCCGCCGCCGCCUCCUCCUCCUCCUCCUCUGGUAUUAGUAUGGGGAGGCUGUCACCUCGGCCCCUGCUCGUCUGCUUCCCCGCGCGCCGCAGCCGUCUCCAUGCGGAUGUGGGGCUCCGCCUCGCCGCCGCCGGACCCAACGGCGUCAACGGUGCGGCCUCUCCCGGUCCAGAUUCCGGUUCCGGUUCAGGGGGCGCCAACCACCUGCCCAAAAACCGGAGGGAUAUUCUCCUGGAAUACGUAAAAGGCGUCCAGCCAGAGUUUAUGGAGCUUUUCGUCAAAAGAGCCCCAACACAGGUUGUUGAUGCCAUGCGCCAUACAGUGACAAAUAUGAUUGGGACUCUGCCGCCUCAAUUUUUUGCUGUAACCGUCACAACGGUUGCUGAAAAUCUGGCACAGCUUAUGUACAGCGUUUUGAUGACUGGAUACAUGUUCAGGAAUGCACAGUAUCGUCUGGAACUGCAACAGAGCCUGGAGCAGAUUGCUCUUCCUGAACCCAAAGGAGAAAAGGGCUCAGAGGAUUAUGCUCCUGGAACCCAGAAAAAGGUAAGUGGGGAAGUGAUCCGAUGGAACAAGACCACUGGACCAGAAAAGAUUGACGCUGUGAAAUAUAUAGAAUUGCUUGAAGCAGAAAUCGAUGAGCUGAGCCGUCAAGUUGCUAGGAAAUCAUCUCAAGGAAGCAAUGAGCUCCUGGAAUACCUAAAAACCCUAGAACCUCAAAAUCUAAAGGAACUGGCGAGUAGUGCGGGUGAGGACGUCGUGUUUGCAAUGAACGCAUUCAUAAAGCGUCUCUUGGCUGUCUCGGACCCUGCGCAGAUGAAGACGGCGGUUUCGGAGACGAGCGGUGCCCAGCUGGCGAACCUGCUGUUCUGGCUGAUGAUCGUCGGGUACAGCAUGCGCAACAUUGAAGUGCGUUUCGACAUGGAGAGAGUGCUGGGCGCCGCCCCCAAGAUGGGCGGAGAGCUGCCGCCUGGUCCUGGAGACAACACGCAGACACAACUAUAGCUGCUAGAUAACAAGCACAGCGUGUGCGGUUGCAGUUGCAGACGAUUUGUUAGUUUGGUCUGCUGAGAUGUGUGUUUUUGUACGGAUAUAUGUAUGUUAUUCUGUCUUAGCUGGUAUUUAGAUAGCAAAAAGAAAAUUUACAACCGCAUGUAUUUUUGGUCCAUUUAUUUGGUUGAACUAGUUGAGAUAGGGCUUUUGUUUUUUUAGGGCAAGUUGUCUCCACUCCUACCUGUAGGAGAGAUCUUGUUAUUUCCUUUGGUUUUUGCCUUUUCUGAGUUGACUACUUCGUGUCU